CAACCGCCCUUAAAGAAGAAGAAGAAGAAGAAGACGUGACGUGCCUGUGACGAAGCCGGAAGUGAGGACUCCACGCUUUGAGUGCUCAGUGCUAGCUGCUAGCUGCUACAGUUAGCAUCGCUUUAUAUAUCUAACAGUCUUUCUCUCUGGGAAGAAAUGCCUUCACUAAACGGAAAACCCGAUGUUAUGUUUGAGGACGAUGAUCUGCCUUAUGAAGAGGAGAUCAUCAGGAACCCGUACUCAGUCAAGUGCUGGAUGCGUUACAUCGAAUUCAAACAGAAUGGAGGAAAAUCCACCCUGAACAUGAUCUAUGAGCGGGCUCUGAAAGAGCUGCCUGGCAGCUACAAACUGUGGUACAAUUAUCUGCGAGAGAGACGGAAACAAGUCAAAGGGAAAUGUGUCACUGAACCAGGCUAUGAAGAGGUCAAUAAUUGCCAUGAAAGGGCAUUGGUGUUCAUGCAUAAGAUGCCUAGGAUAUGGCUUGAUUACUGCCAGUUCCUUGUGUCUCAAAGCAAGAUCACAAGAAGUCGGCAAACAUUUGACCGUGCACUCAGAGCUCUUCCUGUUACUCAGCACCCGCGCAUCUGGCCUCUGUAUCUCCGCUUUGUCCGUAACCUGCCCCUGCCUGAGACGGCCAUCCGGGUGUACCGCAGGUACCUUAAGCUUUCUCCAGAGAAUACAGAGGAAUACAUAGACUACUUGCGGUCUGUUGGCCGCUUGGAUGAAGCAGCUGUGCGACUAGCAGCGGUUGUCAAUGACGAAAGCUUUGUGUCCAAAGAGGGAAAAUCUAACUAUCAACUGUGGCAUGAGCUAUGCGACCUGAUCUCCCAGAACCCAGACAAAGUGACCUCUCUGAAAGUAGGAGCCAUCAUCCGAGGAGGCCUCACUCGCUUCACCGACCAACUUGGAAAACUGUGGUGCUCUUUAGCUGACUAUUACAUCAGGAGUGGUCACUUUGAGAAGGCCCGUGAUGUGUAUGAGGAGGCCAUCCUUACCGUGGUGACUGUGAGGGAUUUCACACAAGUGUUUGAUAGUUAUGCCCAGUUUGAAGAAAGCAUGAUCGCAGCGAAGAUGGAGACCACUGCCGAGAUUGGGAAGGAUGAAGAAGAGGACGUAGACAUGGAGCUCAGACUGGCCCGCUUUGAGCAGCUGAUAGCCCGGCGGCCCCUCCUGUUGAACAGUGUUUUACUGCGGCAGAACCCUCAUAAUGUCCAUGAGUGGCACAAGCGGGUGAAAUUGUACGAGGGCAUUCCACGGCAGAUCAUCAACACCUACACUGAAGCAGUGCAGACUGUGGAUCCAAUGAAAGCCACAGGGAAGCCUCAUUCUCUCUGGGUUUCCUUCGCUAAAUUCUACGAGGAAAAUGAGCAGCUGGACGAUGCCAGGACCAUUUUUGAGAAGGCUACCAAGGUGAACUACAAGCAGGUGGAUGACCUUGCUGCAGUGUGGUGUGAAUAUGGAGAAAUGGAGCUGCGCCAUGAGAACUAUGAACAGGCACUGCGCAUACUGAGGAAAGCUACAGCCAUCCCAUCCAAGAAAGCGGAGUACUUUGAUGUAUCUGAGCCGGUCCAAAACCGAGUUUACAAGUCCUUGAAGGUCUGGUCCAUGCUGGCGGACUUGGAGGAGAGUCUCGGCACCUUCCAGUCUACAAAAGCAGUGUAUGAUCGCAUCAUUGACCUCCGCAUCGCCACGCCACAGAUCAUCAUCAAUUACGCCAUGUUCCUUGAAGAGCACAACUACUUUGAGGAAAGCUUCAAAGCAUACGAGCGCGGUAUUGCUCUCUUCAGGUGGCCAAAUGUUUACGACAUCUGGAACACUUACCUGACUAAGUUCAUUGAUCGUUACGGGGGCAAGAAGCUGGAGAGAGCUCGAGAUUUAUUUGAACAAGCCCUGGAUGGCUGCCCUGCCAAGUUUGCCAAGACCAUUUACCUGUUGUAUGCCAAAUUGGAGGAGGGAUACGGAUUGGCGCGACACGCCAUGGCUGUCUAUGAAAGGGCAACGCAGGCAGUAGACACGGACGAGAGACAUCACAUGUUCAAUAUCUACAUCAAGAGAGCAGCUGAAAUUUAUGGAGUCACGUAUACCAGAGCAAUUUACCAGAAAGCUAUCGAGGUCCUCCCUGAUGAGCAUGCGAGGGACAUGUGUCUGCGCUUUGCCGACAUGGAGAGUAAGCUUGGUGAGAUUGAUCGGGGCAGAGCCAUCUACUCCUACUGCUCCCAGAUCUGCGACCCACGGGUGACCGCAACUUUCUGGCAGACCUGGAAAGAAUUUGAGAUCCGCCACGGAAACGAGGACACGAUCAGAGAAAUGCUGAGGAUCAAACGAAGUGUCCAAGCCACAUACAACACCCAGGUCAACUUUAUGUCCUCUCAGAUGAUGAAGGCCAUAACGCUCUCCACAGGCACUGUGUCAGAUCUUGCUCCGGGCGGAAUGGGAAUUGAUGACAUGAAGAUGCUGGAGCAGAAAGCACAGCAGCUCGCUGCAGAGGCCGAGCAGGACAAACCCAAGCCCAAAGAGAAGAUUCUCUUCGUCAGGAGUGACACCUCUCGCAGCGAGUUGGCUGAGCUCGCCAAACAAGCCAAUCCUGAUGAGAUCGACAUUGACGAUGAUGAGGAUGGAGAUGAUGAAGACCAGGGACCAGAUGAGGUGCAGCUUGAGCAGAAGAGCGUCCCCACAGCUGUCUUUGGGGGGCUUAAAGAGGACUGAAAGAUAGCUGCAUCGCUGAAUUUUGCUUCUGAUUUCUCUUGUAGACAUUGAAUAUGCUCCAUUUUAAAGAUUUGUGUAAUCAAUUAGUUGUAUCCACUUUAUUUUUUAAUAGAAUGUGACAUGAGUGAAAAACAGAAUGGCAGCCUUUUUGCCUUCCUGGUGUAUUUUUGUAGUACAGUAUACACAGAUAUAAACUUGUAUUACUAUUGGCCAUAUGGUGUCAGUCUUUCUCAAGUAUGAAGCUCAAGAUAAUUGUGCAAAUGAGCAGUUUUCUGUUAUGAAAUAUGUUGAUAACUGUAACUGAAGUCCCAUGUAGUUUGACUUUGUUUCCGAACAACAUUUUGUAAAAGAAUUAACAGUGAAAACCCUUUUGUACACGUUAAUAAUAAAUGCAGAGAUCUUUCUGUGACAGGAAGCUCUGCCCUAGAAAACAUAGGGAUGGGAGGAGCAUCAACAAGAGGCAUUCUUUUGAAAGUGGAGCUGAGCAUUUAAGCCUCACAUUGUUGGCUCAAGGAUCAAUCGUAGGUGGGUGUCUCGUAAAACUCAGUGAUCCUUAAAAGAUUCCAUAACUUAAAUACAUAUGUCAACAUCCAAAUAUUUAAAUCAUGCUCAUGGUUGUGCAUGUAUUGUACACUCAAGGAACAGUUUGUACAACUGAGUUGAAUAAUAAUAGUUUGAUAACAUCUUAAAAUUCAAUAACCCUGCAGUCAGGUCCUCGUGCCCAUUUGUUACAAAAGGUGCAAGUGUUCACUUUGAGGCUGUCGGUAGUAAUGCUGUACAAUGUCUUUCAGUCAGUGUUGUUGAGGGUGUACUUGUGACCCAAUGCAGUUUUUGGUAUACAAGAUGUUUGAAAGUCUAACAGACAAGCUGAUCUCUUUGAAUGUCUGGAACUUUAAGUACGUUGUCUUGAAAACACAGCUAAUAAAUAAAUAAAUAAUAAAUGAUUUAUACCUGUU